UUGAAAACGUAUAAAUAGAUGGAAAGUCGUGAUCAUGAUUAACACCGACGAAGCAGAGAAGCAAAGAGGAACUGACAAAGAUUAUGAUGAUGAAAAUAUCUUUCCUCCUGGUGAUACUUUUUGUAGCAGAAUUUGGAACGUCUGCCAAAUUGAAAUGUUUCCAAUUACGUUUCAAAUUAGGAAAACAACAGUGUUCUCCAAAGAAAGGUUUUGAAGGUGACAUGGUACCAUGCUACAACUUGUGCACGAAAAAAUUGGUCAAAGUUGAAGACUGCAAUAACCAUCCAAAAAAUCAACAUUGCUGUAUUCACGACUGCAGAUGUGUUAUGAGAGGAACUGGUAACGUACUUAUUCCACCGGAAUAUAAACUCCCGAUGACACUGAAAAAGAAGUCUGCCUUUAUGAAAUCAGAAGUCCAAAAGGGUUGUACUCCGAAAACUAAAGUUCGUUCUGCACGAAGACGUAGACCUUCAUUAGGAAACACAAGACCCAGUAUUGCCCCAACACCUCAAAAAAGACGAAAUCCGAUGAAGGCAGCCAAACCAAAACCUGCCCGUGAGUUAAUAAAAGCAUCUACUCCGUUUUCAUCGACCAGUACGUCCAAUUCUAAAAAUGUAAUCUCUACUACUACAACAACGCCGUGUAACGCUACACAAAAAGUUCCGAAGAUAGCAAUCAAAUUUGCGACAAAAAUGUCAGUCAUUUUUCAGCAAAUGGGUCUGGGAUGGCAAUUGGACGUUAUUGGCCCAUGUUCAGAUGUAUAGCACAUCGUCAGUUUAUUCUGAUAUAUAUCGGUUUCUGUGACGAAGACUGCACAUUGAUAAACUGUUCCACCAUUCAGUAUUAUUGAAUAUGUGUAUUCACUGGUUUUCUGUAUAUAUAUUGAAUAAUUUCAUUGUUUAUAUUUUUUGUUUGUACUAUGCGAAAUAUGUUUAUAUUUACAUAUAUAUACCACGUAUAAAUAAAUUUCAUCUGUUACUACCAAUUUCAAUUUGCAUUGAUUUAUUGAAAUUGAUUAACGUUCGAUUCAAAUACAAUAUAUUACUA